AUGGGGACUCUCCACCACUCCACCUCCUUCAGAACCGCCGUCGACGAUCCCAUCUUGCCCUUUCUCCGGUCAAUCAAAAUAGCCCUAGAAGAUUCCAAAUGUUCAGUUCAGAAUCUCAGCAAGUUACUCAAAGAUUGCAUUGAUAAAUUCAAGGGCAAUCACCGAUACCAAAACGAUCCCAGAUUUCUCAAAAUCUGGUUCCUAUAUAUGGAUGCUAGUGCUGAUUUUGAUAGUGUUUUCAAAGGAAUGCUGAACAGUAAUAUAUGUGCCAAUGAUGCUUCACUUUAUGUGUAUUCUGCAUGUUUUUUUGAAGCCAAGGGUAGAUUGUGCGAUGCCGACACAAUCUACAAGCUCGGGAUUUCCAAAAAUGCAGAGCCACUUAAGUGGUUGGAGAAGGCACAUACCUUAUUUCUCAGUAGAAUUUCUGAAAUAUGUAAUGCUGCUACAAGCCAGAAGGUUGAUUAUAUAGAAUCUGCUACGUGGGAAAACAAUGGCAUUAAUCCAUGGGACACCUCUACUAUGGAUGACCUCUUGAAGAAGAUAAAUCCUUUAAUGAAGAAAUUUGAUGGGUAUCGAUCGAGCACUAAAUCUUAUACAGGAAUAGUGGCCUUAUCCGCUUUGAAGAAUGCAUCAAGGAAUAAAGUUAUAGAGAUAGGUGGAAUGAAGUACCACAUCAAGGGCUGUGCUGGACGGGGUGGUUUUGCUCAAGUAUACAAGGCAAAUGUCAACAACGAUUCUGAUGAUGUUGUGGCACUAAAGAUACAAAAGCCAGCUUUCGCUUGGGAAUUUUACAUGUAUCGUCAGCUUGAUGAGCGCAUCUCUGGCAGAGAAAGGUCAAGCUAUGGUUUUGCUCAUAGAAUUCAUCUCUUCUCUGACUGUAGCAUAAUCGUCUGUAAUUAUUUAGCUCACGGGACACUACAGGACGUGAUCAACUCAUAUGUGGUCAUAGGAAAAUCCAUGGAAGAAGUAUUGUGCAUUUAUUACACAAUAGAAAUGUUGCACAUGAUUGAAACUUUGCAUGAUGUUGGCUUGAUUCAUGGUGAUUUCAAGCCUGAUAAUCUGCUCGUUCGCUAUGCUAGUAACCUCACAGAAGAUGGGUUCUUAGACCGAAGCGGUUCUUGGCAUGAUCAGGGUCUUUGCCUUGUUGACUGGGGAAGAGGAAUUGAUCUUCGUCUCUUUCCAGAUCACACAGUAUUUAAGGCAGAUUGUAGAACUUCUGGUUUUCGAUGCACUGAGAUGCAGGAGGGUAAGCCAUGGAAAUUUCAGGUAGAUGCCUAUGGUCUUUGCGGUGUUGUCUAUGUGAUGCUGCAUAAUUCCUAUAUGCAAAUUGUUAAAAAAGAAUCAUCUGAUGGGGGCUACGUGUAUCAUCCCAGACUACCCUUUAAACGUUACUGGAAAGUCGAGCUCUGGAAGAAUUUCUUCUCUAAGAUGCUAAAUAACUACCCCUGCCAUGAUGAUAAGAGGUUGCUGCAAGAUUUGAAGAAGUCCUUCGAGGACUAUAUGAACUCUGAUCCUCAACGCAUAAGGAAACUGAAGGAGUUACUAGUGAAGCAAAGGAUUUCUCUAUGUUCUGCUUAG